UCAUUGGUCACUAAAUUAUUGUGUCGGAAGCAGUUGAACAGUGGCUUUCAAGUCCUUAAAAUCAGUUGAAUGAGUAACGUAUUCAUUUGAAAUGAAGCAAAGAUGUCGAGACUAUUUCGACUAGGCCUGAAGCUCUCAUUAAGGUAGUGAGGUUGGUGAGAAGCAAACUUUACCAUCCACCAAGAAAAUGUCUGCGCAUACCCUAAUACCACCAAUCUCCACUUCUCUCACCGCCCUUCAUUCAACAGCACACAAGGACACCAUCCUCAGCAAAUUCGACAAGUUGCGAAAAAGAGAGCUCCUGUGUGACAUCACACUUAUUGUUGAAGAUGUGCAAUUUAAGGCCCAUAAGGCCCUUUUGGCCGCCAGCAGUGGCUACUUCUCCCUUAUGUUCACUGCCGAGGAGCAGAUCAGUCAGUCCACCUACAGGCUGGAUGGCAUGGCAGCGGAGACAUUCAGGGCGGUACUGGAGUUCAUCUACAGUGCCCAGGUAUCUGUGGAGGAGAGUUUAACAGAGCAGCUGCUUGACCUGGCUAGACUCCUAGAGGUUAGUGAUCUGGUGAAAGCCCACACAGGCCAUAACCUGAAUAUGACCUGUCCCAGUGUAGAUGGCAGGGACCUUGGGAUCACAAACCGUACUUGUUUGGAUGUAAGACCUGAAGUGGACACCGACAACAGAGAACAUAGAAGACUGGGAGGAGGGUCAUUUAAGCAGCCGAAACGGAAAAGGGGCCGUCCUCGAAAGAACUUCACAGAAAUGCCCGCCAAGGCCCUGGAUGAGUCCAAUAUACAGGAACCGGAAAGUGACAUCGCCAAAAUCCAAGGAGCAGCCAAUGAAACGCAGCAGGUUAUGGUUGACGAUGUCACAUGUGGAGACGCUGCAGAAUUUCUGGCCGAGGCAGAUGAUAGGCCUGCUUCUCCAGCCAGAGACUCUGACUGUGCGGACUGUGAUCUGAGAUCAGCCGAUACUAGACGACAGAGCAAGAGGAAGAUCCGUCCGCCAGUGAAGUUCAAGGGCUACAGGGUGGGCAGCCGAGACGAGAAGAACUCUGACUGCAGAGAGCCAAGGAAGAGGGGCAGAAAAAGGAAAUACCCAAACACAGAAGCGCGGUGUGAAGACUGUGGGAAAGUCUUCAAAAACCACCUGUUCUUAAAGAUCCACCGCAGGACUCAUACAGGUGAAAAGCCUUUCAAGUGUUUUGCAUGUGGGAAGAGUUACACACAGAAACACACUCUACUGGACCACCAGCGGAUUCACACUGGAGAGAAGCCUUUCAUCUGCACCGUCUGCUCUAAAGCACUGUCCACCAAGCACUCUCUGUUGGAGCACAUGCACCUCCACACUGAAGAAAAAAUCUUCAGCUGUGAUAAAUGCGGAAAGACGUUCAACCAGAAGAGACAACUAAACAGUCACUACAGGGUCCACACUGGUAAAUCUUUACCAGAAUGUGAACACUGUCACCGUAGGUUCAUGGACGCAGCUCAACUGAAGAAACACAUGAGAACUCACACAGGUGAGAAGCCUUUUACUUGUGAGAUCUGUGGAAAGUGUUUUACAGCCAAGAGCACACUGCAGACCCACAUCCGGAUUCACAGAGGAGAGAAGCCAUAUGUCUGUAACAUCUGCAACAAGUCGUUCUGUGACGCCAGCGCCAGGCGACGUCACCAAGCCUCCCAUACCGGGAAGAAGCCCUUCACCUGCUCCUUCUGCAACCUGCCCUUCGCUCGCCUGGACAACCUAAAGACCCACAUCAAGACCCACAACAAGGAGAGCAUUGUCACAGUCGCCCCAGAGGAGGCCCGGGGCGAGGCACGGGUGGUAGGGGAGGAGGCCGGGGUCCCCUCGGAGACAACAGAGGAGGUACGCAGCAUUCUUCAGCUUCAGCCAUACCAGCUACCUGGCCACCCGGAGCAGGAGAUCCAGCUGGUUGACAUGAACAACCUCAAUUUUGUGCCCGGCCACUGUGGGCAGGAUCAGGGCAUCAGCAUUAUUACUACUUCCACGGAGGGUGGGGUCUUGGGGGCGGCAAAACAGGCCCAGUCCAGGUUGACCCUCCUGACCCAGCCGUCAGGACACAUGCAGAACAUGGCCUUGGUCACUCAGGAAAGCUUGGACCAUCACAACCAGCAGAUCCAGACUAUCAGUGUGCUGCAGGACGGACACAUGGCCACUGGGGUCGGAGGUCAGCCUGAACAGAUGCAUGUCAUCACCUUAUCCAAGGAGGCCAUGGAGCAUCUCGAGGCUCACCAUGGACCGCCCCAGCCUGUUCACCUUGCGCCCAGGCCUGGCUCCCUCCCUGCCCCAGGCCCCAUACAGCAGCUCCACGUUAUGCACCAGCAUCGCCCACACCACACUCUCCCACAGCCGUCCGUCACCCAGGACCAGGGCCCUGUUCCAGGGCAGAUGAACAGAGAGCAGCAGGCUCAGGGCCAGGCUAUCCACAUCAACAGCAGCCAACCCAUCUCUAUCAGUCAGACCAGUGAACAGAUCCCCAGCCACCACAUCCAGGGCCAGACCUUCCAAAUACAGGCUGGUACAGUCUCAUACCUCUACACUACCAGUCAAUCCCAGCCGUAGACUGUAUUAUGUGGGAACAACUGGUUAAAAGAGUGAAGAAGCAGGCUGCCCCGACAGAAGCCACAGACUGCACGCUGGCCGGAGGGGAACUCACUAAACGAAAAGGCAGAAGGGCCUUUGCCUUAGUUCCAACAUAGAUUAGACUGCGAAUUUAGGGAGAGACGGGACAUAGAAUGCUGACACCAGUGCAGCUCAGAUAAUACAUUUGAAUGGCACAUGGUUAUCUGUAGCUAUCUCACUAGCCUUAAAUGCAAAACGUUGUUGUCAUGCCUCUGUUCCCGUUUUAGGGAAAUCUGAUAACAUUGUUUCAAGUCUUUUCCAGCUCAGGCUGCUGUUGUAAUUGUAUCAUUAGAGUGGCGUGCCUUAUGAGCAGGUCAUUCCUAUAAUUUAAAAAGUGAAAUGCUCAGGCAAAUCUGAUUUUCUAUACUACAGCCUCUGCCAUAGAAAGAGUAUAGCUUGGUGUUUGUGGUUGCAAAUGCAGGAAACUGUUCACUGCUAAAAAAAUGUUUCAUGUUGCCGAUUAGCAGGACUCAAAUUAAUCAUCAUUAGGAAUUUUGCCAACUAUGAAAGUGUUCAAAUAAACCAUUUUAAAAGGGACAAAAAUAAUUGAUAAUUUGCGAUAUCAGUAGAGAGUUUACAACUAAACAAACCAAUAGUGAAAUGUUAUAUUUGCUGUAGAUUUGUAUAUCUGGUCAAAGUGUACCACAGUUCUAAAAAGGUUGGAAAUGGGAACCAAUCACCUAAGAUAAAGACAUGCUGCAAUAAUAAAGUAUCCAGAACCUGUUGGGAGUUGUAACUAGACAUGCUAUUAAAUAUGGCCAUAGAUACAAUUGAUUUCACAGAAAAGAGGGUCCUUUUAAUCAAAUGGGGUCCUUAAUCCUGACAUCUUCUGGUUGACAUGACGUAAAAGCUCUGUUGGGUAAUGGAUAUUAUUUAAGGCUACAAUAAAAGGUAUUCUCAUAUCAAACAUCUGGAGAAAAAUAAUUGGCUAAUAUUUUCUGGGUCCAGUGAAUACAUUAAUUUGGGUUUAUUUUACUGUCAUCACCAGGUGAAAUUAGUUUCGUAUACAAGAUUCCACAGACGUU